AGAGUGUGUGAGCGUGUGUGUGCGUGUUCACAGUGUCUCACACACAAACACACACAGAUGGAGUCGGGCAGUGUCGUGUACGGAGCCUCUCUGGCCGGUGCGGGAUUCGAUCUCAUUAAAUUCAUCAAACAGCCUCAAACUAUCACACGAUUCCUCAGCUGGGUGUUUUCCAUUGUGGUAUUUGCCUCUAUAACAGCUGAAGGUUAUGUGAACAGCAGCAAUGAACAGCAGGUGAGGUGUGUCUUCAACAGGAAUGAUGGGGCAUGUCAUUACGGGGUUGGCAUCGGUGUCAUUGCCUUCCUGGCAUGCGUAGCCUUCCUAUUGGCUGAUGCUUACCUGCCUUUGAUGAGCAAUGCUCAGGAGAGGAAGUAUGUUGUGAUGGCUGAUGUGGCAUUCUCAGGGUCCUGGACAUUCCUGUGGUUUGUGUGUUUCUGUCUCAUGUCAGAUCAGUGGUCAAAGACCCUUGACAUCCGUGGCAUUCCCACAGAUGCUGUCCAUGCUGUCAUCGCCUUCUCAUUCUUUUCCAUCGCCUCAUGGGGUGUGUUAACUUAUUUUGCUCUGGUGAGGUUUCGUCAGGGUGUUGAAGAUGUGAUGCAGAACCACGCUGAGCCGCCCCCCAACUACACCUCGCCGUACCCGAGCACGUACACACCCCCGACAUACCCGUCCUUCCAAAACACCCGUCCCGAAAUCUACCAACAGCCUCCCUUUGUACCAAACCCGGAUCCGGUCGGCCAGAGCAGCUAUCAGCUGCCCACCUACUGACACGUGACAGCGAUGUGGGAGGAGCCUCCACAGGCUGCCAAUAGGAGUGUUUGUUUGCUGCCAUAGAGAUACUUUUUACAUGAGGUGACUAAAAGCUGUAAAUAUUUAAGAAUUUACUUUUUUAAUUUAUGUUGUUGUCUCAUGUGACUUUAGGUUAUGAGUUUCAAAUUUGCAUCGAUGAGUUUGAAUAUGAAGAAUUCUGUAGUAGUUUACUGUGAAACUACUGACGUCAGAGCACGUUUAUCGCUCAUACUGAAUCGCAACUGUGUGAUGUGUUUCUGUGUUGAACUAUUCCUUUAACAUUUCCACAGAUAAGCAAGCAGGAAUGUGGUGUGUUGGUUUAGAAACAGACAGACACUGUGUUCAUGAAAAGAGCCAAAUGACCCAGUUGCUGGUUAUUGUGUUUGUGAAGGACUGGCCUGUUCAGAAGAAAACACCAUGUAAUUAAGCAUGUAAUUCACUGUAAAAAUGUGCUACAGACACCAGACUUGACACUAUAACAUCCUGUGACAUUUUGCUCAUCACCAUAAAGUCAAAUUAAAGUAGUUUUGUGUUGUGAACGAGGCUGUUGUCUGAUCAGAUCAGGAGUCCUGAAGUUUGAAAAUAAACCAACUCUAUCUGUGGAAAUAAAGACAGAUUUAUCAAAGUCUUUCUAGCGAGUCAGUCCACUGUCGGUCACCUUCGGAACGCUCUCAGGAGGUUAUUUCCUGUCAUGCCAGUGCAGCUCCAAUCUACUUAAAUGGAGAAAGACAGAAAUCUCCUAAACGGUUGGUCAAAAUUACGAUCAAAGAACAUAUUUCAAAUCAGCAAUAAAAUCUGACAACACUAGAAUCAUAAAUUAUGCUUCUUUACCUCAUAUUACACUAAGAAACACAAUUUUCCCGGCUUGUAUAUUUAAUGCGCCUGCAUAUGACAGGCGAUGUCUGUAUCUAAAAGGUGAUUGGCCCUUUUAACUGUAAGGCAGGACUUCCUUUCCUUGGGUGCUCAGAGCUCCUUGGAUGAGCGUUCCAAUUUCUCCCAUUCAUUUUAACAGAAGUGGCCCGUCUCGUAGAAGUGGCUAAAUAAUGUCUGGAUUUAUUCACCAACAUAAAGUCUGAUUCUUGUCUCAUGAUUUAUUAGUCUGCUUUUGUACAAAUUUAAUUCGGCUCUACUCUUGUCGAGUUCUGGUUUACCUGCUAAAUAACCCUGACUUGGAAAAACUGCAGCCUAUGUGAUAGGACUGGGUAAAAAUAUCGAUUUUCCGAUGCAUCGCACUCUUCGUUUCAAAGAUAUCGAUUCUUAAAGGUGCUGUAAGCGAUUUCAGCCGUUCUACUUAAAUGAGAGUGAGCUGUUGAAUUAGCCACGCCCCCUCUUUCCAAAACCUGACCUCCAAAGAUAACAAAUGAGCUUUGACACAGACAUCAAGUAGAAACGGUUGUUAAAAACAACAGCAGCACAAUAGCGCCCUCAAUUGACAACUGUUAUGAACAACAUGGCAUAAAAAUGGCAUUAAGCCUCAAUAAUUCACUGCAACUACAAUCCACCUUUUUCCUGAACAUGAAAGUGUUCCACUAUUCGACUGUUUUCAGUUUCCGGUCUCCAGUGUUUUCACUCGCUUCGGUAUAUAUUCUUAGUUGGUAAUCUAAUGUUUAAUGUAUUACAUUUGUAAAAAUUGUCAAAAAACAUGCAGAUACUUCACAGAGUCAAGAUGAGCGUUUUUUUAUAGACAGUGCCUCACCUGAGUGUGUAGAUGAUAUAAAACGAUGAUCCGAGGUUAGUUACGUUGAUAUCAUUAAUUAUUCUGAGCUGUUAUGUCAGCCAACAACUGCACAAGUUGAGCCUGAAAUUAUUUUUUACUCCAAGUAACACUUAAAUGGUGGUUGUUCUCCAUCUGAUUCGCUCGUUUUGGCAGUUUUACUUGGCAUCUCGAGACCAGAAAUACAAAACAGGCAAUUAGAAUGAUCAUGGUACUGACCAGUGGUUGAUCAGGAAAACUGUGUAUACUAUGAGAAUGUGUAAAAUGAUUGACAGGCAGAAAGCUUCAGAGACCACAGACACAGAGUCUAGAGCGAUCAAAGAGACCAGUGAGAUAUCUCAUGACACUUAUAUCUUUCAGGGAGUAGGAAAACAUUUUUUGCAUACCUUUCCAUGAAAAAAAUCACUUAUAGCACUUUUAAAUCCCAAGAUCGAUCUUUCACUCUUAUGCACAACCCUCUAUAAUGCAACUAAAUCACCCAUGCACUACCAAAUCUCACGUUAUGUGAUAAAACUCUGUGAUUCGCCACUGGCCAGUAAAUGUUCAUAUUUCACUCAGCAGUGAUUGAGUAGUAUAGUGGAAAAGAAGUUAUUACAAAGUUAUCACAGAGUCAUUUCACUGCGUGUUGAGAGGGAAAGUUUGGUUUAACUCGUUCUGUGUGUCCAAAGACAAGAUCCACAUAUCCAUAUGAAUAAUGUCUCUUUUAAUAUCCUUUCUGUUUAUUACAGUCAGUUGUUGAUCAAAAAUUAUUGUGAUGUAUUUCAGUGUGAAACAGAUCAUCGAACAAGAACAAAUGUGUGGCAGUGAUUUGAGUUGAUCCAUUGGUUGUUGAUUAGAUUGUGAAAAUAUGUGCGUUACACAGUGGAACAGAGGCAGAUGUAAAUGAGAGUUUGUAGCGGACACACACUCCACCGUACUGCUUGAGUCCGAGCCGGUUAUCUGUGAAACUGAGCAUCGAUCUCAACACAUUUAUGAUCAAACUGACAACAUACUGUAAACGCACGAGCACAUCUUUGUGUAUGAAGAGACUGUAGCCGUUGAAUAACAAGUAAAAGAUAACCAUAUUUUAACAUUUUGAAGCACAGUACACUCGUGCUGUGCAUCCCAAGAUAACUGCAUUGAAAAAUAUAAAUAAUCUCCAGAGGCAUCCGAAGCGUUGUAUUCAUUAGUGAUCAUCUCAGCAAUUCAGCCGUGAAAUGUCUCGAACACAACCGCGAAUUCACCGUUAUUCCUCCUCAAGCCAACUGACCCGUAACCAAGGAAGUUUAGGUGAAGGAACGAUAGUUUUGAAGGAAAACAGACGAAAAUACACCUUACCAUCUUCACCAACAUGUGACUGACGCUUCGUUCAACUCUACACGAGGUUGUGGUAUUUAUAAGAAAGGGGCGGGGUUUAAGCGGACUGAAUGAUUGGAGAAGUCCUGCAUACGUCAUCAGAGAGAAGUCCGUUUCACCGGAAGAUCGAGUUAUUACAUUUUGAUUAAAGAUUACGAGGUCAAAUAAAAAAAAAAAUAAUAAUAAAACAUAUGCAUGGAUGAAUCGUUCACAAUAAGAUCAGUAACAUUUAGUAAAUAGAUAGGAUGAAUUUUCAUUUCAUGCCGACUUUAAAGAGACAGUACCGAUUUAUCAUGUUUUACAUAUCAGUGUAAAUACUUGUAAAUAGUACAAAUUAUACUUAUAAACAAUAAAAAUGUAACAAAAAUAUAUAAGCAACAAAUUCUAUUUCAAAAUAUUAAUUGAUGGAAUAGACUGAAUUUGAAAAUGUAUCAAAAGCUAAAAUGUGACCAAUUUAAUGAAAAACUAAUGAUAAAAUAUAAUUUGUAAAAUCAAUAUUUUCAAAUUGUACCUUGAAGGGUUGCCUAGAUGGUUCCUUUAUAAUUAAGAGCAUUUGCUGAGAGAGAACGUCUUUUAUAAGUUAACAAAAUGAACAUUGUAACAGAAAUGUAUCAUCAUUUUGAUGGUUUGACUCAUUGCCUGUUUGUUGUGAAUUAUUUAUUACACUUUUCAGUUUAUAGCUUGGGUUCAUUUAAUCACAACCAGUACAAAGCUUUCAUACAUCAGUAUUAACACCUUAUGAACCAUUUUAGUGUAUUCAGCACAAGUUUUGAAUAUUGCAUUUAAUUUUAUUUGACAUUUGUUUCUGGGAAUUAUUUACUAUACGUGCUCAAUCGGUUUGGUAGUUUUGUGUUUCUUCUUUCAAGUUACAGAUUUAAGUUGGUUUAAGCACAUGUCAGUCUAUAUUUUCUCUGAAUGUCCAAAUUUAAAUUUUUUAUUUGUGUCGAUAAUGUACAAAUUUCAUUGCCACCGGCACCCAGAAUGGUUAACACACUUAAAAGUGUCUGAAAAUCACGAAAAACAAAGUGGUUUACAUUCCUAAGGAAAAUACCCUUUUGCAUUUGGACAACUAUAAAUGCCAACAUGGAAUUUAAUAAGCAUCAAUCCUUUAUAUGAUAUACUUCUUUUGGGAAGCCACUUCAGUUUUAUUUUUUUAAAUAUCUGCUACACUUUCAUGUGCCAAAUUUGUACUUUGUACUGUAAAAAACAUACAAAUAAACUGGCAUAUUAAAA